GGCCCACGCCGGGGGAAGGCGCAGCCGAGGCGGCCGGGCGGGGCGCGGUGGCGGCGGGGCCGAGCUCCGAGCUCCGCCCGCUCCGCUCCGUCACUACGCGGCGCCGCGGCGGCCGGCCAGGGUCCGCCAUGGCCUCGGGUGGGGGGGUGGCCGCGGCCCGCGCCGCCGAGGAGCCGCCGCCGUCCGAGCCGCCCGCCGAGCAGAAGCCGCCGCCGCCACCGCAGCCGCCGCCGGCGCAGGAGUUCUCGUUCCUGCCGCUCGUCCACGACAUCAUCAAAUGCAUGGACAAGGACAGCCAGGAUGUUCACCAGGUGCUGAAUGAGCUCAAGAACAAGUUCCAGGAGAUGAGGAAGCUGAUCAGCUCCAUGCCCGGCAUCAGUGUGAGCCCAGAGCAGCAGCAGCAGCAGCUGCAGAACCUGCGGGAGCAGGUCCGGACCAAAAACGAACUGCUGCAGAAGUACAAGAGCCUUUGUAUGUUUGAAAUCCCCAAGGAGUAGGAAGGGUGCAGCUCUACUCUCAGGUCUGAGAUACCUCUAUCCUGGCUGAACAGGAGAAAUAAAGGUGGCAGAAGUUUA